CUUAAGUAGCACACAAAGAACCUUUUUAAAGGGAUAGUUCAGGAUUUAAAGUGGAGCUGUGUGAGGUAAUUAUCCACGGUCAGUGAGAGUGAUCACCCAGGAACCCUCAAAAAGCCUGAAAUUAAGUUUGUUUUUGUUUGCCAUGUUUUAUUUCUAAGCAAGUAGUCUCAAGUAGAGCCAUGUCUUUAGAGUGUAGCAAAGCUUAACAUCAGGAAGCAGAUGGAACAGAACAUAUCCUUCAGUUACUGAGGAUGUGAGCUCACACAGUGGCAAACAAAUAUUUUACUAAGCAAUCAUUUGAAGCUGAGAGGAGCUCAGCAGCAAUUACAGCCUGUUUUAUUGUAGGCUAAUAUCAAUCCUGCAUGUUUCAAAUUGUUAUUACUUGUUUAAAUGUGGUAUGAACAGUUAAUUAGUGACUAAUCUCCACUACAGAUUUCAAAAGAUAUGUAAGAGACAUGGGCCCAGAAUUGUAUGCUACGCUCCUGACUGCAGGUUUGUUGACAUUUCAGCUGAUGAAAACAGAUAUAAAUAUAAUUUUAGCUUUGCAAAAUAGUGUUCUGACAUGUCAGGCAAAGAGGAGAACAGGAAUUUCUUUGAAAAAUUGGGUUUUUUUUAUUUUUUUUUUUAUUUACCCCAAAAAUACUGAACAACAGAAACCAAAAAACUUCACAACUAGGCCUAUAAAAGAGGUCAACCAAAUAUCGCUAUACUCAAAAAGGCAUACAGCAAAACAGGAUAUAAACAGAACAAACUGGCCUAACUGAAUGAGACACAAGGGCUUGGCCAAACCAAUUUACACAUAAGGGGAAACAAAAUGGACACAACUACAAAGGCUUGAUUGUCGGUUUGAGAAAUGUUUUUACAGGGCUUCUCACUGCUGGUGAGCACUCAGCUGAAGAGACUCUCGAAGUUUAUUUAGCCAAUUUGUGUUUGCAGAAAAGUGAAUGUGUCACUGGCCAUUUGUUACACAUUUAAAUAGUGUUCUGCAGAGUUUUACUGAUAUCCACGGACAACUGCGUCAUGUGCUUCCUCAAUGUUUAUCAUCUUUUACAACACAAAAAGACUGAGUAAGCCGUCUCUGUUGGUCAUGUUACUCUUCCUGGUCCAACUUUGAACCUCAUGUCUGCGAGCCAAUGGGGAGAGAGGAAGGUCCCCAUACCUGAGAUGUCAUAAAAUGUGUUAAAAUAAAAAUAUCUUAAUGUUAAAUUGGCUUCUUUAGUAGGCAGUUUAUUUCAGAAGCUUUUGUUAUAUUUAUUGAAAUUCUCUCUACGUUCUGAUCAAUACAUAAAAAAAUGCUCUGACACAAAAAUUUAAUUAAUCUGUGGCUGUCGCAGAACAGUAAGUACUUCCUGAAAAUACUGGCUGUCUUACCUGCCCACCACCUGUCCACAUGCAUGCACCUUCAGGGGAGUGGCUUUGGAGUGGGCACUGCGGGGAGGACUCUUUCAAAAUCCAGCUGCCUCCUCUUAGUUCCUCCUACGUUGCCUGCCCCAGCUUUAGAAAAUUAAAGCUCAGAUAUGAGAACACACCACAUUUCAUGGUCACGCCUCUGGCUGUGGAUUCAGACAUCGCUGCAGACUAACAAGCCAGAGUGAAGACGUCCAGCAGGAGGCAAACAGAAGAAUGUUCAAAAAGAGAAUCACACUCUUGUUCUUCUUGAUUGUCCUCAUAUUACUUACCUUGCAUUGCCUUGAUUUGAGGCACAUCAUCUUUAUGUGGAUUCCCAGGUUCCUUAGCAGUGGUAUAGUUUUGUUCCAGAAGAUCCUUUCACCGUUUCGUUAUGUACCUCAGGGGCCGUACUUAGUGGAAUACCCGUAUAAGUACCACUUCGUUAUAAAUGAGCCUAACAGAUGUGAGCAGAAGAAGCCCUACCUGGUUCUGAUGGUUCCUGUGGCGCCCCACAACAGGGCCCAACGUGACAUCGUCCGCAGCACUUGGGGAGGUGAAAGCCUGGUGCUGGACAAAGUGGUGACGCUGUUCUUCCUGCUGGGGCUGCACAUUGGAGAGGGAGCAGAGCAGCUCCAAAAAGAGCUGCUGCAGGAGAGCACUGAACAUCAAGACCUGAUCCAGGGCAACUUCCUGGACUGCUACAAGAACCUGACCAUCAAAACCAUGAUGAUGCUGGAGUGGCUGGACGCCCACUGCUCCAGCGCCUCUUACGCCAUGAAGAUUGAUUCAGACAUGUUUCUAAAUGUGGCCAAGCUCAUAAACAUGUUGUUAGACGCUCCGAAGACAAACUACAUGAGCGGACAUGUGGCAAGAGAAGCUGAAGUUCGGAGAGAUACAUUUUCUAAGUGGUACGUACCCGAGGAGAUUUACCCUGGGUCUGUGUACCCAAAUUAUGUUUUAGGUCUGGGCUACGUUUUGUCUCUAGACCUCCCAAAAAAGCUUGUGGAGGCAUCCAGACACGUUAAAGCUCUUUACAUUGAAGACGUGUAUUUGGGGUUGUGUAUGCAGCACCUGGGUAUCCCUCCCACCGACCCCCCAGACUCGGGUUAUUUUAAUUACGAUCCUGUGCAGUACAGUCGCUGUGCUUACUCCAGGCUAAUAGCAACCACUACAUAUGAAGACACAGAUCUUUUAUGGAUUUGGGAAGACUUUAUCAGACCUGGUCCUCAGUGUGAUGAGAGUGGUUUCACACCUGGACUAUUUGCUAUGUUUUACUGAACUCUGGUGAGGACCAGAAAGUUUGUGACCACGAUAAAAGGAGGAUCUGUGGUGUGGUUUGGUAGCAGUGUGAAAGCAAAACGGACCAACAACAGGAUUUCAGCAUGAAACUGCUAUUAAAAUCUGCUGAUUAUGAACGGUGUUCUGUGAAGCUUAAAAGUGAUCUACAUGCAGCUUAGCUACAAAAGUCCCAUUCAUUUUUCUCAUAAUGUUAAGCUUUAGAAAAUAUUUGGUUCUUUAAUGAAAAAAUAAAAAAAAGGUACAAAGUUUUUUAUGGACAACUAUGACUCCAUUUUGGAAAGACGCAUCCAAUCACAGAGUUUAAUCCUAUUACAAGCACAGGAAAUCGGAGGGGGGGGGGGAUAUCUCCAAGAAAGGGAAAUCAAGGUACCAAAAAAAGAAAAAAAGUAAAGAGCAAGAAAGCAAAGGGAAGGAAAACAGCUGCUAAUUAAUUUAUUUUAAAAGAAAUGUGAGUACAGUCACACUUAGCAGUUAAAGAAUAGUUUAAGCUAAUGUCAGCAGUUUAGAUCGAAGGCUGGAAUCUAGCUUGACGCAUAUUUGCACAGUAGGCUAGAUCAUAAAUUAUUAUCAUAAAUUAAACUUACUAAAGUUUUAAUUAUUUUCCUUUUAGGCCGACAUGCCUGUGAACCACUAACUUACACUGUGGGCUUGGACACAGUGUAGUACUGAAAUGAUGCAAAUGGCAAGGCUGUUUAUUUUAUUUUUGUUUUGUUUCUGCAAAUAAAACAUGACUCUAGUGAAGUCUUGUUCAGGUGUCUUUCAUUAUGCAGUAUAGAAAGCAUUUUCUCAAUGUAGGCCUAUGGAACACAGAGACUUCUUGCAUAUAGGGCCCAGAAUGUUGUGCUGUGGCCCUGGUCACAAUACUAUGUAAUCCUUACAUCUUUCAGGAUAGUCCUGUGUUUUAAUUUUACAUAUUGCAUUCAGUGACCACGUCUUUCUAAACAGUUUUCUCCCUCAAACUCAACCACCACCAAACAUCUGUAUUUAUAUAACAAGAGAGUUAAUUAUGGGUCCUGGAUGCAGUCACUUUUACUUCCACCUUUACUCUCCAUUCUGGACGCAUCUGCAGAAAAUCGCCAGGGAUGCAUCAAUCUGAAGCAAAGAUCCGUUCCCAGGUGGAUUACAGGAGAGGACAGAAGACGAGAUGUGGAUGAGAACUUGUGCCACUUUUAUUUCUUUAUCUAUAUCUCACCUUAAAAAAAUGCAUACAGUGAAUAUCUAUCGUUUUUAUAUGGAAUUACUGGAACUACUUUCAUUUUGUGUACUUGCAAUUACUUGAUGCAAAAAGGGCAGAAAGCAUCACUGCAACAUUUACUGAAAGGCAGCAUAAACCAUGUAAUAAACAGAGUUGUGACCUUAUUUAUGUUGUAAUGGGAUCUUGAUCUAUGCUAAAUAUAUAAAACAGUUUUCUAAAGAUAGUGAUACAUUUUGUAAUUCCGCCUGUUCGGGUUUUUCCAGGUAUAUAUAUAUAACACACACGAGAAUGUAAAACUGUGUUUUUGUUGGCAGACAAAUGUUUAUGUUAUAAGACUUGGUCCUGAUGUGUGUUUUGGUUGCAUCGGUGCACUUUUGGAUGUGAGAAGAACUGUUGUGAAGAGUUGUGAAAAAGUGAAGCACUGUAGCAUGUUUGUCCAUGUGACACUGAUGAUGCUGAAUGACAUCACAAAAUAAAAUCUCCAAUAAAUGAUUUGCAUUUCA